ACGUCAGGAGGAUAUUGCAGUGGCAGUGGUGCCAGGGACAGCAUAUAUAGAGGCGGGGGUGCAUCACCAGGUCACUCGCACUCUUCAGAGGCAGUGGGACGAACACUUGCUUGGAAGAGAGGGACAUGGGGAAACAAACAAUGUCGAAAACUGGAAUUUCCGUGAAGGGCGGCGUGGCCUCCAUGAAGAGCCCGCGGACUGUGGCGAUGGUAGCCGCUGCCGCCACCGUGGGACCCCUCCUCCUGUUGGCUUUCACCACCACCCUGACACAAUCCCUGCAGCAGGCUUGGGGCGCCUCGGGGGUCUUCUGGCAGAGGCAAUUCGAUAAAGUGCUGGUCGCUGGAGGACACGACUUCAUGAAACUCUUCGUCUUCGGCACGGCGACCAUUGGCUACCUCAUGUACUGGCUGCCCGGCGCCCUCUUCAUACUGCUCGACCUUUGCCUUUGGCCUGAGGCAGUGCGCCAGUACAAGGUGCAGCCAGGGACCAACGAGCCUGUGUCCACCUGGUCCCUCAUUAAGUGCCUGCUGGUGGUGAACUUCAACCACAUCGUGCUGGGUUUGCCCUUCCUGUGGGGGUGCUACCACGUGAUGGUGCUGAGGGGCGGGGACCUGACGCCUGUUCUCCCCUCCCUGCCGCGGGUCGUCUUUGAUAUUGUGGUGUCUCUGAUACUGAAGGAGAUUGUCUUCUAUUAUUUGCACAGGUUGUUCCACCACCGCCGCCUCUACAAAUACAUCCACAAGAUCCACCACGAGUGGCAGAGUCCCGUGGCCGUGAUGGCCGACUAUGGCCACCCUCUGGAACACAUCUUCGUCAACAUGUUCCCUGUCCUGCUCGGUCCCCUGGUGCUCGGCUCCCACCUCGUUACCAUCUGGCUGCUGGCGUCCCUGGCCUCCACCGGCACCAUCCUCAACCACUGCGGCUACCACCUGCCCCUGUUCCCCUCGCCGGAGUUCCACGACUACCACCACCUCAAAUUUACCGAAUGCUAUGGCAACCUGGGCCUUCUGGACUAUCUACACGGGACUGAUCGUAAAUUCCGACAGUCCGCCAACUUCCUGAGGCAUCAGACCCUGUACGGCCUGAAGCCCCUCACGCAGACCUUCCCCGGGACCAAAACAGCGACUGCCAAUGGCGUCAACGGCAAGAUAAAGAAACACUAGUGAUCAUGCUAAGUCUUCACUCGCGCGGCAACUGGCACGCGAAAAAUUCCAGUCAUUGGGUGUUUUUUAUAACGCUGAAUUGAAGUAUUUAUUUAUAUUAUAGUGAUACAGUAAAAUGAGUUUUAUGUAACAGAAUGAAAAUGACGAAAAGGUAAAAAUGCUGGGAUAUACUCGUAUGCGCUAAUAUUUAUUAAAAUGUAUUUUAUGACACACACACACACACACACACACACACACACACACACACACACACACACACACACACACACACACACACACACACACACACACACACACACAUACAUGCAGAC